GGUGAAGUAUUUUGCAUUUUUGGAGCAGUGAUUGAAACUUUUACGGGAUACACCUGUCCUGUGUGCUAGGAUUUAUCGUGUGCGCAUAGAUUUCCACUCCAGUGGAGGCAACAUAGGAAGUGAUUCGAUGUGAAGGUUAAUUAUGAAUUCAAUGUCAGUUGCUGUUACAACACACCACACUACUGCGAGCUAUUGCGCGAAUAUUUUUUCGGUGGUUUUGCGAGUGAUGAGCAUGUGUUAGUACGCGUGUGAGUUCGGCCGCCCAUGUUUUGGCUAGACGGGGAGUGUGCGACAGGACAGAGUUCUAAGCCGGCUUGUUGGCACUAACGAACCAGCAGCACCAGAGCGGUGUUGCGCUGUGUUUAGAAUCAAGUACUUUCGAUGUGUUGCGUAGCGGCCGCUCCAUCCGUAUUGAUGGGAUAGGGUGAACUUGUGAUAAAUCCAACCUGGCCGGUCGUGUGUUAGUGGUCAUGGAUCCCCAAUCCCACUAGUGAGUGUGCGUCUGUCUCGUUUGUGCAGUGAGAGUGAAGGAAAAAAGGCACAAUUAAGAACGAGUGUAAGUGGCCUAAAGACCUAUAUUCGAGUGAAGUUUUGAUUAUUCCCGAAAUUUUAGUGUAAAUAAGACCGGAUUUGGCGAGAUUUCCGCUCAGGAUGAUAGUAAAAGUGGCGCAGAAAGUACAAAGUUCAGUGUUUCGCCGUGAUUUGCCGCUCAAGGUCCGGCAGAAGUGAUGAAGUCAAGCAUUCUGGAAUAAGUUGGGUUUUUUGCAACAUUUUUGCAGGUUUCGAAUUAGAAGAAAUACAAACACAGCAUUGUAAGCGCUUUGCUUCAAAAGUGUAGAGUAACAAAGUGCGUGUGUGUAAGUGCGCGUGUAAGCGAAGAAUAUCAUCAUCAGUAAGAAUGAAAUUUGCGAUUAUUGCGAAUUUAUAGAAUCACUGCAAUUGUGUGUGUUAUUCGCGAAUUUUGCUUCCUGCUGCGCCGUAGCCUCCGGCUCCCAAUUACCUACCUGCCCGUAGUUAGUGCACGAAAGAAUUUUGGCAGCAUUCGGAAAUUGCUCUGUAACUUCCGUACCGUACCAUCCGAUUGCAAUUUUUCCUUUCUCGGUUUGCAAAACCAUGGCCUUACCAAUGGGGGCGCCACUUCCAGUACGGUUGCCGCUUCGGAUGCAGCAGUAUUAGUGUAUGUAUGCAGCUGGACCAGAUGCGGUACAGCCAUGAACCAGCAGCAGUCGUAUGACAUCAAGUUACUUUCACCCCCGCCCCAUCCGACGGUGCAACCCGGAACAGAAGCCAACCCAAAAGCCCCCUACCCACUCUGCCUGCUCCAGGCGUUGCAUUCAACUGGAGCCGUUAUACAUUGCACUGUUGCUGGUGUAAAAUUUUCCGAGCUAUUUUCGGUCCAUGUGCUCUGCUCGCUUGCACUUGUGCUCUUUCUUCGACCUUGAACUAUAUACUUGCAUCCUGUGUAUCUCGUUGUGUUUGCAGCUGCAGCUGCGUGUAUAUCUUCCUGUUGCAUCCAGGGAAAUUCGGUCGCAGCAGAAGAACCGUAGAGGCCGUGUGACUGGAGCGCAGCAGCGCACUCGAUUUCGGAAGCGACCUGCAUACCAGGUUCAUGUAUAUGUGUAUGGUAGUGUACGUGUGAACCAGUUAGUGUCCUCACUGCAAUCUGGAUGAUCUUGGAAUGCGUUCCUACUGGCAGUGGCCAGCUUUUGAGAAUCUCAUUGUCAUUCAGUCAAGUGUUACCUGAAGCGAAGCUGGGCUAUUGUAAAAAGUGUUUCGCGUGGCUCGAAUCGUUAGUACAAAGAUCCAAAGUGUUCAACAUCCCGAUAUCGUAGAGAACGUCCCAAAUUCCCGCGUACGUAACGCAAACAAAGUUCAAGCAGUGUGUAAAACAAGUAAAUUUUAACCCAAGCAUAUAAGAAAAUAUUUAGUGAAGUGAAGAAAAUUUAAAACAGGCAGACAAAAUGCACGAAGAAGCAACAUCGACGGACAGUUCUUCGUCGACAUCAAAGCCCACAAACAUAGUGUAUACCACAAUCAAUGGCGGAAGUGGCGGGGGCGUUGGCAUUGGCGGGGGUGGCAAUCACUACAACGGAAAUUUACUAUUAACGACAUCUCCGAUUGAUGAUCCGUCGUCUUCUUCUCUAUACGAACUUGUGAACCAUCAACAGCAGCAGCAGCAGCAACACCAGCACCAGCAGCAGCAGCAGUCUCACCAUCAAGUUCCGCUGCAUAACCAGCAGCUCCACCAGCAGGUCUUGACAACUUCUCAACCUACUCACACUACCAAAAUCAUCAUCACUAAUAGUUCCCUAAUCAGUACCACAACUAGUCCAAUCGGGGUUCGACCUCUUCAGCAUCACAAUAUGCAGCAACAACAGCAUGUCCCGUUGAACUCCUCCGGGAACGUAAUAGUAACUUCCGGCACAGCCGGAACCGUUUCCACUAGCAGUGCUGCCUCUUCUUCUUCGUCGUCCUCCGCGGGAAACACCACCACCAUCGUAAUCAAUACCGACGACGGUGCAUUCGAACUUUCCAGUGUUCUUGAAGGCGAACCCGGACCGUCCGACCUCCUGUCGGAUGGUGCUUGCAAUUCAGCUGUGGCAGCCGUAGCAGCAGCUGCAGCUCUCAUAGAUCUGCAUCCCUCUUCUUCGUCCAGUACCGCUUCGCCGGUACCGUCAACGUCUGCAGUCAGCACGGGUGCCGUUCACCUUCAGGAACUAGGUGUUAUGGCACCUGGCUGUUCUGCCACCCUAACAUCGGUCCACAAUAGCAGCAGCAACAACAACAACGGAUCUUCAGCUUCUUCAUCCGCUUCCUCGGAGGGAACCAACGUCGGAUUGCAUGAGCCGAUCGAGAUCAAGAUUCCAUCGGAGGGAUCUCUCACCCAGGAAUCGGACGGUGGCUACCACGACAACAUCUCCCAGACGCAGUCAAACUAUCUAGCGAUCCCCCCGUCAGAACUGUGCCCGGUGUGCGGUGACAAAGUCUCAGGCUACCACUACGGACUGCUGACGUGCGAGUCGUGCAAGGGCUUCUUCAAGCGUACCGUCCAGAACAAGAAGGUGUACACGUGCGUCGCCGAGCGGCAGUGUCACAUCGAUAAGACCCAGCGCAAACGAUGCCCCUACUGUCGCUUCCAGAAGUGUCUAGAAGUCGGCAUGAAGCUAGAAGCGGUUCGAGCCGAUCGGAUGCGAGGCGGACGGAACAAAUUCGGACCCAUGUACAAGCGGGAUCGGGCGCGAAAGCUUCAAAUCAUGCGACAGCGACAGUUGGCACUGCAGGCACUGCGGGGGUCUAUAGGCGGCGGCGUCGGCAUCGGGCAGCUUGGUUCGGACGGUGCGUCGUCGCAACUACUGGCCAUCGACUAUCACCAGCCGUACUCCAACAUGCACAUCAAGCAGGAAAUCCAAAUACCGCAGGUGUCCUCGUUGACGUCCUCGCCCGACAGCCCGCCUAGUCCGGUCGCCAUUGCGUUAGGUCAAGUGAACCCGCAGACGACGAUAUCCCUGAGCAGUGGCGUAGGAGGAAACGGAAGCAGUGGAGGAGGUGGCGGCGGAGGCGGUGGUGGCGGUGGAGGUGGAAGCAACAACAACAGUACCGGUGCGGGCACUGGCGGAUCGCAUUCGACAUCCUCGGCAAUUCAGAAUCAACUCUCCGGUUCAAAGCUCUGGAUGAGCGCAAAUUCGACGACCGCCUCGCCACACUCACUAAGUCCGAAAGCGUUCAACUUCGACAGCGGAACGAAUCCCACCAGCACGGCAGACUCUGGAAACCCGGCGGAUACGUUAAGGGUAUCACCGAUGAUUCGCGACUUUGUACAAUCGAUCGACGACCGGGAGUGGCAGACGUCACUGUUCUCAUUGCUGCAGAAUCAAUCCUACAAUCAGUGUGAAGUGGAUCUCUUUGAGCUGAUGUGCAAAGUAUUAGACCAAAAUCUGUUCUCCCAGGUGGACUGGGCGCGGAAUACGAUAUUCUUUAAGGAUUUAAAGGUGGACGACCAAAUGAAGCUACUGCAGAACAGCUGGUCUGACAUGCUGGUGCUGGAUCACAUCCACCAGCGGCUGCACAACGGUCUGCCGGACGAAACGACGCUGCACAACGGGCAAAAGUUUGAUCUCUUAGGCUUAGGACUGCUGGGUGUGCCCAACCUGGCCGAGCACUUUAACGAGCUGCAAAACAAACUGCAGGAGCUCAAGUUUGACGUGGGCGACUACAUCUGUAUGAAAUUCCUGCUGCUGCUAAAUCCUGAUGUCCGGGGGAUAACCAACCGAAAAACGGUCGUCGAAGGCUAUGAAAACGUGCAAGCGGCGCUGCUGGACUACACCCUCACCUGCUAUCCGUCGGUACCCGACAAGUUUAGUAAGUUGCUCAGUAUUAUACCGGAAAUUCACGCGAUGGCAGCUCGGGGUGAGGAGCAUCUCUACAUUAAACAUUGUGCCGGCAGUGCGCCCUCUCAGACGCUGCUGAUGGAAAUGUUGCACGCCAAGCGGAAAUGAAGUCAUCCAUCCAGGCAGCCAAUCGAUGGGAAAAUCGCUCAGUAAGCACCAGCGUCGUUCAAAGAAAAGACCAUCAUCCUUCAACAUCAACAACUUCGGAUCAGAUCAACCUUAAAGCUCGAGCGGAAGUGGCGUAGAAAAUUAAAGAAAGAAGAAAAGAAAAUGUGUUCUGUUUGUUUCGAAUCCUCACGCAAGUGGGGCAUUCGCAGAGCCUUCUCCACGAGCGGCGUAAAUAUUCUUUGCUUACUUGUUAAACUAUUUUUAACUAAUUUAAACAAAAAACAUAACUACUGUGCGUCCAUUUUGAGUAAAAGGAUUAAAUAAUCCAUGGGCGCUAGAUAUUCCCAGCCCCACGCAGACAGACACAGAUCAAUAAUCCGUUCCACAACGUUUCAUGGAGCAAGCAGAGACAUACAGAGUGCAAUCUGUAUUGAAACCAAUUCACCAUUUAUCAAGUACACAGAUACGCAGUUUAAAUAAAAUGACGUUACCAUUUCAUCUCAGCGAAUUAAGGUUUAAUUCACAGUGUAGUCGUAGGCAACAAAAGAUCAACAUCAAAAGUCGUUACAAUAGUCAAUCGAAAUCAAUUUUGCCGAUAACUCUAAUUCAGUGUUUGAAUCAUUAUAAUACCAAACGAAAAAUUCAGAAACAAGAAACCAAUCAGAGGAAAGCCCAGAAUGGAAUGACAAACAUGAAAAACAAAGGAUCUAAAACUAAGUGUUCAAUAAGUGUUAAAAAAGCUGUUAACGAACUCUCCUUCAAACAAUAACUCCCUCUUUUCGUGUAAUCAUUAUAAACCUGUUUCUUUUUUCGGAAGCGCUUGUGCAAUAUAUAAAGCAAAACAGCAAACAAUGUAGCUGCCACAUCCAUGUCAUCCAAUCAGUUUUGCGCGCUCAAAAUCUCAUUCUAACUCAACCAGUCAGCAGCAGCAUGCAGUGAGAAUUCGGAUAAUUGAAGUGGCAUGUCACCCCCACCAGACACACCCGUUAAAAGACGGUGUUCAAGAGCACUCUAGAAAAAAUAUUCCUCUUUGUCCUACACCUACAACUCUACGUAACCAAAAGGCACUCAAUCAGCAAAUAGUAACCUACAAAUUAUGCAAAAAAAACAACAAUAUUACCAAUAAUCAAACAUUGGACGAACAUAAGUAGCAUAACAAAGUCAAGUCGAAGUUGUUGAACAUGUUCUUCCUAUUUGUUAAAGCUAGAGAAACACAGAAACCAGAAAUCUCAUCAAAUUUAAGAAAUAAAAAUGUGCGAACAAAUAAGCGCAGGUUAUUACUAAAGCUGUGUAUUACAUCACUGUUACCGUUUAAUAGUACAAACGCGCACCCAAAGAACACACACCUAUAAAGAAACACACAUACACACGCAUACCUGUAAAGAAAAAAACUGCAGUGUAAGUUUGCGCGUUUCCAAAUUUUAUCAACAACAAACAAUCAACCGUUUUUUGAGCUGAACCAAUAGUAUCAGCCACACGUUGCCACUGGUGUUACAGUAUGUAGAAGCAGAAAACCCUCUCUAAAAUGUACUAUUUCAAACACACACAUAUACAGAAAAAAUAUGAACAUGAAAAACUAGUAGAAAUGAGAUAACGACAUCACAAGAACUACUAACGGCGUAUUCUCUUCUUCACAAGUAUCUAAUAGUAAAGCCAACGAAGCGUUUGCCUGUUCAAGCUUCGAAGCUCGGUUGUUGGUCAGAAUUUCUGAGAUAAAAAAAAACUAGACGUUUUCUGUCGAGUCCGUGAUCCUGUGUGUGAUUGUUUCCUGUUUUCUGUGAUACUUAACUUUCCUCUAUUAUUUAUUUUACUUUCACAUUGUUUGGCACAGUCUGAUUUUUUUUUGCAAUUUACCAUUCACAUUCAGUAACGAUGUUCCACACAAUUUGAGAUGCACUUUCUUUCAAAAUUGAUCUGUACCUAUCUUCCUUUAAAAUGAAACUGAAACUUAUUGCAUGUUUUUCCCUUAUCUGAAAGACACAUUUCUUUACUUGUUCAACUUCCGACUAAGGAAAUUUUUGAAUUAAACUCUUCCUCUCGAUCGACAGAUAGAGAUUUUAAAAUGCUUUGGAUCAAGUUAAGUACCUGUUUCUCGCUUUGAAUUUUCAUACUAAAUGUAGUCAAUCCUUUUUCUAUUCAAGCCUCAGUAACAAUAGAUCAAGCUUGUUACACACUAUUAGUGACUCACAGUUAAUUAUUCUUUUCAAAGAUUCAUCUAUUUUAUUCUGUUCUAUACUUCUUCUCUAGUGAAUCUUUUCUCCUAUAUCUACUUUUCUCUGAUCUAUCCCAAACACACAUGGAAAAGAUUGAAAUUAUAAACUUCAUUAAGCGCAGAAUUGCCCUUCUUUGAUCGCGAACAAACCGCUCUGCUACCCGGCUACGGUGGAAAAGCCCAAGCUCCGAAACGUACCACGGAACCACCUUCUCCGGAAGCCUUUCUGGCAUCGCUGCUAGUGCAAAACUCUGUACAUAAAACAAGGAAACAGCAAAAAACAUCUGAAUCUGCACGCGGAAAUCACAAAGGACUUUGUGUGAGUGAAAACCCUCUCUAGCUAAGAUAAGUGAAACCAAACCAAAAACAAAACAAAACAAGAAAACAAAGCGAUACGGAAACACGUGUGCAUAGCGUUGUGAGCCCCUCGCCCGGAACGAUGCGAUGGCGGGUUCACCUAGUUCGAACGCGGAGUCUGUUCGUUCGGGCAGUGGUUGGAGUUUUCAAGCUUGCUGCAUCCGCUCGAUGAUCCCUAUCCGUGAUCACCGGCCAGGAUUCGGGUUCGAAAAAUGCCAACCACCCAGCACGAUCUCUCCGCCAGUAGAACCGUGCGUAGCGUUUAGGAUUAAGUUGGAAAGUCACUAGCAACGGGCCUCCAGCCAAAGGCGUUCGGCGGUGUGUGGUCCGACCGGUAUCUGCGGAGCUGCCGGCUCUUUUCUAACUGCUGGAGCACUGAAUUGAUAUGUGCAAUCACUAGAGGGACAAUUUACGUCGUGAAGUACGUUAGAAAAAAAAAGAUAAAGGAAACAAUCUUCGAUCAUCAAUCUUCCCGGUGACAGUCUUUCCCACACCAAAUAUAAACACAAAAACAUUGCAAGAAUAUCGAACAAUUAAAUGUGAUGCUUAAACAAAAACAUAAAGAAAUGGUAUCGAAUGUGUUCUAAUGGAAAACAAAAUCCAAAAAAAAUAAUCGAGAGUAAGGCGGAUGAGUAUCAGAGAAUAUAUUUAACGUUAAAUAUGGGCCGUCAAGCGCUUGCAGCGUAUUCUAAAUGAAAGUAUUAACCAGAAAUAGUUUAAUUUUUUAUCGAAUAAGCAAGAUGAUGGGAGGCCAACUUCAGGGUAGUAGAACUUCCAAAUACUUCGUACUUGUAAAUAGUCUGUGUAGAGGAGUAGCUCAAACCACUUUUAGCCGGAGAUCGGAGAUGGGAAAACAAAACAAAACAAAACAAAAAGAAGUACACUGAAUAAUGAUGAAUACAUACCUGCAACCAAAUUGUUAGCGAUUGCCCAGCAGCAGAACACUCUGUCACACACACCUUCAGAUUAAGAGGAUAUAUUUUUCGAUGCCACUUUUAUUCGUAGUAAAGUCGAACUAGAGCAAACCGGAGGCAUAGAAGAAGCGCAGGAGCGGUCAACAGCAGAUGUUAGGAACAUCCGUGCUGCAAGUUCUUCAGCAGAAAAAAAAACAAGGAAACAGCGAGUGUACUGGACGAGUGAGCGUAUGAAAAAUCAACUAUGCAGCAGCUAGAUAAGAAAAAUUCAAUGCCUUUUGAAAAGUACAAAAACUAGACACUGAAAGCGAUUAAACAAAACAAAAAACAAAACACUGACACCCACACGAAUAGAUAACUUUUUAUCGACAGAAAAACACACGUGCGACUAAGAGCAUUGUAGGACUCGUAAGUGAGUAACAACAACACGGUAGCUUUUAGCAGUGGUAGAUCAAACAGAUGAAAUAGGAAGCUGUAAAUAUUAUUUAGAAGGCAAACACACUUGCUGCUGUCACUUUCUACCCGAUGAUAGAUGAUCGAAGAUACUACCAGAUAAUUCUGACCAACUGAUGAGAUGUAAUGGCAACGCUCAAUCAUAAAUAUAAUUGUCAGCACCUUGUUCUAUACGCUGUAAGGCAGAAACGCGCUUGAUUAUGAUUUUUGGCGGGAUUCAAAUGGGCAUCAAGCUGAAACCGAUAGCAAAACUAUAUUAGAGUUUAGAAGAAUGAGACGUUACAAGUGAGAAAGGGUAUUUGAAAGGAAAAAAAGUAACCGAAAGCUGUGAAAGAAUAUUUUUCUUAAUAGAAACACCGGUAAGGGAGAAAUACACUAGCUUUAGAUUGUUCGUUUUUUAGUAGUUAGAGAUUUAAAUAAUUUUAACUAAUGUUUCAAGAGCGCGUAACAGCUAACGAAGGGGACAACGAGGUUCAAGACGUGUUAUUAGAUCCGGACGAGACGCGGCUUGUAAUCGUCGAUAAAUUAUUAUCGCUAAAAUUCUCAUCAAGAGGAACAGAUGUACUGCCAGAAAUCUUACGUGUCCCACCGAGGAAGAAAGCUACGAGGAAUGGCAAAAAAAAGAAGUGUCGAAGUUUCGCUCUACUAAAAGCAAACAUUCCAAAUGAGGCAGAUUUUAACUACAAGUACCACUUUAGCGAAAGCUGCAUCGAAAAACAACACACUGAAAUGUGGAAAUAUUAAGCGAAAUAAUUUGCCACAGUGAUAUAGGUUUAAUAAAGCAAAACACACUUAAUUUAUAAAGUAUUGAUCCAUUGUCUGUAGGAGCUUAGGAAGCAACGGCAAAGAAAAGAAAGAAGAAAACAAACAUAAUCGUGUGGUUAUGCAGUUUGCGUUUAGAUAGUCUUGCAAGAUGAUUUUGUCAAAAAAGUACCAAAAAAACUACAAAAAAAUGAAGGUUUAAUAAGGUGAAGGUAUUAGGAUUUUGUUCUACAUUUUCGGCUUGAAAUUUUCUCGUCCAUGCCACACGAGAAUGGUUUCGAACGAACAAGGUGCUGUUUGAUUUAUACACCUGCAUAUUUACCCAGAAAAAAGAAGGCGUUUCUGUGUAUUAUUACCAUUUGCCAUCCACAGCGCCAUGUAACGCUCCGCGCCUGCACGCUCAACCAAGGAGUGGUGUGAGUCUUCGCUAGCCGACAGUCGUUACGCCCAGUCAUGCCUCAUGCAAUGCCAUAAUUUUCAACCCAUAAUCAUACACGAAAAGAAAAAGAAAAAUCGCUACUGGUUUCCAAAUUUACAUUCAAAAUGCACUCUCACAGUAAGAAAGAAAUAUAAAACAUCACCCUAACUAACAAAGCAAAAG